GCGCGAGAGCAGGCAAGAGAGAGAGCGCGAGAGCAGGCAAGAGAGAGCAAGCAAGAGAGCGAGAGCAGGCAAGAGAGCGAGAGCAAGCGAGAGAGCGAGAGCAAGCGAGAGAGCGAGAGCAAGCGAGAGAGCGAGAGCAAGCGAGAGAGCGAGAGCAAGCGAGAGAGCGAGAGCAAGCGAGAGAGAGCGAGAGCAAGCAAGAGAGCGAGAGCAAGCGAGAGAGAGCGAGAAAGCGAGAGAAGAGAGAGAAAGCGAGAGAGAGAGAAAGCGAGAGAGAGAGAGAGAGAGAGAGAGAAAGCGAGAGAGAGAGAGAGAGAGAGAAAGCGAGAGAGAGAGAGAGAGAGAGAGAAAGCGAGAGAGAGAGAGAAAGCGAGAGAGAGAGAGAGAAAGCGAGAGAGAGAGAGAGAGAGAGAGAGAGAGAGAAAGCGAGAGAGAGAGAGAGAGAGAGAAAGCAAGCAGGCGAGAGAGAGAGACUGUUUCCAUACUGAGGAGACUGAUCAAGUCAAUAAGCAGGUAACUACAGAGAAGCCAAAGCAGACAGGUAGCAGACACCUGGAAAAGAUGGAAAAACAGGGGGCAAGUUUAGCACCUAAAUAG